AUGUCGACGAUUGCAUCUUUAAUAUCAAGGGAAAUUAGAGACCAAGUGUAUGAUGAGAAGGCCAAUACGGUCACAAUAAUUGUGGUGUGCUGCAGCCCUGAAAAAAUUCGUGACAAAUUAUGUUGCAAAGGUGGCAAAGUAAUCAAAAGCAUUGAAAUCAAAGCGCCUCCAAAGCCCAAAGAGCCCGAAAAAAAGCCCAAAGAACCCGAAAAUAAACCCAAAGAGCCCGAAAAGCCGAAAAUUGUUGUCAUCGAAAAGCCCAAAGAGCCCGAAAAGCCGAAAGUCGUUACAUUCGAAAAGCCUAAAGAACCCGAAAAGCCGAAAGAGAAGCCCAAGUCCGACGGACCUCCUAAGGAGGCUCCGAAGGGCGCUGAGCCGGCUAAAAAACCGGAAGCGGCCGCCGCGAAGCCGCAGCCGUCGGCGGAGCCGGCGAAGGGUCCCGAGCCGGUUCCGGUGAACGGAGUCCCGUCGGUUUUCCCUUACGUGGGGCCGAGUUACGAUGGUUAUAGCUCCGGCCCGUAUUACCAUGGCUACGGGUUUCCGCCGCCGCCGCAGCCGUGUUACGAAGGGUAUUAUGGGAAUGCCAAUGGGUACGGAUACGGGUCGGGGACCGGGUACGGGUACGGGUCCGGGUAUGGUAGGGUUGGUCAAGUCAACAGAUCUGAUAACUACUUCAGUGAAGAAAACCCUCAAGCUUGCUCCAUCAUGUAA